AUGUAUGUACAUCUGGCAUUAUGGCCACACUGUUGUUACCUCUCCUCCGUCGACCAUGCCUCUGUCAGGCUUGGGGGCCUCGCCGGCGACACUGAAAACUCCGAGGGGCCCGUCACCAUCCUGGAGGAGCCCACAAGCCGAGACAAGGACGGCAAAGGCCAAAAGGAAGGGAAGGAGAAGAGCCAAAAGGAGGGCACAGAAAAGCCGGGCAAAGGGAAAGGCAAGGAGAAGGGCGAGGGCAAAGGCGAGGGCAAAAGCCUGGAGAGCGAAAGCAACGGCUGGAGUUCCGAUGCCGAGAAGCUGCUUCGUUUGGUGAAGCGCGUGGGCCCCCGAAACCCCAACCUCUGCUCCAGCGCCUUCCUGAAAGCCUUCUUCCACGACCUCCGCCUGCCUCAGCUCCGCAUCGGCCAGCUCGGAGAGGAUGCGCUGGGCUUUUCUCAGCUCACGUCCCUGGACGUGUCCCGGAACUCCCUGCUGGACCUCCCGUACCUGCCGCCGAACCUCCGGUUCUUGCGGGCUUACAACAACAGGCUCUCCCGGCUAAGCUGCAAGCCUUUGUCCUCGCUCUGCUUCCUGGGCCUCGGCUUCAACCCGCUCGGCGACCAGGGGUUUGCGGAUGCCAGCAAGUUCCCGAACUUGCUGUCGCUGGACGCCGGGAAUACGGACACUGCGAGCUUGGCCAGCGCGAAGUCCUCCUUGAAGUCUUUGGGCUCUUCGCUCCGGCACCUCUUCUUGCUGGGGAGCCCCAUCUGCCUGCUCCCUUUCUACCGGCUCCAGGUUCUCGGAGAGGCGCCCCAGCUCCAGGUCUUGGACGGACUGGCGCCCAGUGAGGAGGAGCUGGCGGAGGCCCAGCAGCUCGCAGAGGCCGCCGAGGCCGCCGAGGCCGCGGACGCCGGAACCCCGGCGGUGGAGGAGCCGGCGGAGCCCGCGCCGGUGCCCGCGGGCGGUGGCGGUGGACCCGAGUGGUGUCGCAUCACCUUGGCUCUCGGCCAGCUGAAGAACCAUCAGGAGCUGCUGAGAGAGGCGCUGCUUCCUCCCGGCGAGGAGGAGGCCUUCGCGGCGCAGCAGGCGGAACUGGCGGCGGAUCCCAGCGCCGAGGUGGUCGAGAGGGACGCUUUAGCCGAGAAGUGCGGCCAAGAGAGCCAGCUGGCUCUGUCCUUCCAACUGCCUAGCGGCAUCUGGGUGGCCACGAGCAGCAUCAACCUCUGCAAGAAGACCUACGAGGUGGAAGAGGGUCAGCCUCCGCCCCCAGUAGUCCUCAAGGAAUCCUUGAAGCUCAAAGCCUUGCGGCAAGAGACCGGCGAGCAUUUGAGCUUCGACGUCCGCUUCGAGGAGGAUUUGAGCGGCUUGCGCGCUCUUCGCCAAUGGCUCCAGCGGGGCCUGCAGCUGAAGCUCCACUACCUUCCCAAGCCCAAGGAGAAGGAGACGGAGAAGGAGCAGGAGACCGCUGCCGCUGCAGAAGAGCAGCCUGGAGAGGAGGCCGCGGAGGCCACGGAAGCCGCCGGGCAGGCCGAGGCCACGGAGGUCUCGGUCUCAGAGGCCCAGAGGCCGAAGGAUCCGAGUGUCUGCUUGGGCGGCUGCGUCCUUCCGCUCUCGAGCUUCCUGCAGCGGACGCCCACGUCCACUUCGGGCCCUUCGGGCCCUUCCGGCUGCCCCGAUCCCUGGCCUCACGCCGCCGAGGUCGCCGUGGUGCCCGUGGCCCAGUGGAUGAACCCCGAGAUCCAAGUUCCCAAAGAGAAGGAGAAGGGAGACAAGGGGGCGGGCCAGGCGCCGAGCGGCGGCGCGCCGCCCAGUGCGCAGCUGGAGCUGGUGCUCACCUUGUACUCGAUGCCCUUGGAGGAUGUCGCGGAGUCUGAAGAAGAGGCACCACCGGCCCCCAAGGCGAAGGCAAAAGCAAAGGGCAAGAAGUAG